AGCCAAUGAGGGCGCGAGGAGGCGAGCGCGCCAGUAGUCGGACCGGGCGGGCGGCGAUGGCGGCGGGUGCGCUCUGAGCGGUGCGCGGGGGCCCAUGGGCCGGGCGCGCGGCGGCGGCGGGCGGCCGUUGGGCCGGGCGCGCGGCGGGGCGCCGCUGUGAGGCGGCCGUUGGCGGCGGGUGGGCGGGCGCCAUGGCGUGCUCGCACAGCGUGGUGUUCCUGCUGGACACGGCCAGCCCGGCGCGGCGGGAGCGGCUGCAGCUCGGCGCCCUGCGGCUCCUCAACCACCUGGGCUGCCGCAUGGGCCUGCCCCGCCUCCGCUGGGCCUUCCGGUUCUUCGACUCGCUGGGGGGCCGCGGCGGCGCCUCGCGCGGCGGCGGCGGCGGCGGCUUCCGCCCGCCGGGGCCCCGCGCCUGGGCCCGCUUCGAGGAGGAGCUGGCGGCGCGGCUCGGGGCGCGGGGGCCCGGUGCCGCCCUGCCUGGGCCGGCGCCUCGCGCCGCCCUCACCCACAACGGCCUCAAGGAGACGCUCCUCGACUACCAGUGGGACCGCCCCGAGAUCGCCUCCCCGGCCAAGCCGCUCCGCAGGAGCCGCAGGACCGGGCCGGCUGCCGCCGAGCCCCCCGAGAGCCUGCCGCCCCCCGAGGGCUUCGUGAACGCCGUCUUCCUCUUCUCCCCCUGCCCCCACUCCCGGAGGGAGCUGCGGCAGUUCGUGUCCGGCAGCGACGCCCCUUCCCCUUGUGAGCCGCCCACGCCUCAGGAGCUGGCGGAGAAACUCCUGCCCAGGAGAGUCCGGGAGCUGAUCGCAGACCAGAAAAUCACGCUGUACUGGGUGGACACUGCCGACUGGUCUAAGAUGCUUGAAUCUCCGGAUCAUGUCGGAUACUGGACAAUGUUUGAACUGAUCCACCAGACGGGAGGCACCAUUUUGUCAUCUGAGAUCUUAAUGCAAUGUUUGAGUCACCACAGAGCAGAUCUUGCUCACUGCUUUCUUGGAGAUUCCAGUUUCUCUGUGCCAAUGUUCAUGCCAUGGACCAUGCUUCUGCCCUUGGACUCCACCUUGAACUUCUUGUUUUCAAAGCCCUCUGAAUUCCGAGCAGUAUUUCCCCAGCAAGAAGGGAUGUUGUUUCUCAGCAUGCACGGAGAAGAGAAGCAGGAAAGCUGUGUGGUGAUCCUGGAACCCGUAGCUGUGAGCCAAAGACAACCACAGCAUCCAGUCAGUAUCUUCCUGAAAGGUACCUUGACAGGUUGGAAUUUGAUGCAAGCUGGCAACUUUCUUGCAGAGAGCUGGAUAUUGCGGAGCUCCCAGGCUGAACAAGCAGAACAAAACAGAUCGCUGUUUCAUCAGCUUUUAAGGACUCUAGUGACUGAAGAACUACAUAUGGUUGCUGAGGUGUCUCUAUCCAAAACUUCGUGCCCCUGCAGUGCUGUUUUAUCACCACUUUCUGAGAGUACUGCAGUUCUGAUUAUAUUCUGUUCUGAGAAGGCAGCUGAAGUUCAGCGAUGCAACCUUGAAGGAGCUGUAGUGCAGAGCUCUUCCCAAGACCAAACCCUUCACCUCCCAGAUAUUGUCAAUAGCGUGUUGAGUAAAACUGACACAUCAGUGGAAGAGUCUCUGGCUAGUUCUGAAGAAACUCCUAUGCCAGAGUGGGUCCAACAGGAGCUUUCCCGUACAGGAUGCUGGCAUCCUUCAGUACUUGAAGCGUGGUAUCCUUCAUCGAAUUCUUGUGGAGCAAGUUCUGAUCUGAUGGAGUCAUUCAGGUUACUGCAAGUUAAUUCUGCUAAUGAGAAGGAUGAUGCCUACCAAUCUGAAGUGGAACUUUCAGAAAGUCUAUCUGAGAUGUACCAGAGGAAAUCCAGUGAAGUAGCUGCCACAGCCGGACCAGGAAAUAACAAAAAAAGACGUGGAGUUCCCCGAACUCCAGUCAGGCAGAAGAUGAAGACCAUGUCCCGCUCCCUGCAGAUGUUGAAUGUAGCAAGACUGAAUGUAAAAGCUCAGAAGUUUCAACCUGAUGGUGUGUCACCAACAGUGAAUGAGAAGGUCCCACAGAAGCUUUCAGCAAAAAGAUUGGAUGAAAAGCUGGAAGAAAAGGAAAAGGCAUUCAAAAUAUCAAUAGACUUCAAAACUGAGGAGGAACUGCUGUCCCAUUUAAUUGCAAGCUACCAGAAGGCUGUUGCAGAGGGAGUUACUUCAUUUAUGUGUGCCCAGAGUAUGAUCACAGCCAUUAAAAGGUUCCUGAAAAUACAAGAUGCCAAAGAGAGAGAGGUGGCCUGUGUGGAAAGAGUCAGAAGCCAUCUCCUGAAGACCAGCAAAACCCUCAGGCAACAGCAUGGCUCAGAGAAGGAAACCAAAGUCAGAGAGUGCCGACUUCAGGUAUUUUUGCGUCUAGAACUAUGUCUUCAGUGCCCUUUACUACAAAGCAACACUGAUGAAAUGGAGCAGCUUUUAGAGGAGAUGACAGAGAUGCUGCGUAUUUUGUGCCUGACUGAAGACCCAGGAUACCUUACAAAGUUUCUAGAGGAAAUAUUAGCAUCUUACAUGGAUUCUAUACCGAAGACCCUUGGAGAUCUUUACUACAGUCUAGGUACACAAAUACCCCCAAAGCUGGCAUCUGUUCUGCCUUCAGACUUCUUCAGUGAUGACUCAGUGACUCUGGAUAGCAAGUCUCCAGCCCUUCCACACUCCCUAUCAACUGCCCUGACUCCCAGCACUGUUUGCCUACGCACUGAGAGUGAUCAGCUGGAAGAGCUGCGCACCCGAUCUGCCAAAAAAAGAAGGAAUAAUGUAUUAGCCAGGCACAGGAGCAUGACGGAAGCACCACAGAACUUGCGUCAAAUUGAGAUUCCCAAGAUAGCUAAGAAUCCCAUCAGAAAGGAGAACUCUCAUUCUUGCCUUGCCACUGAGAAACCCCAACAAAUGCCUUUGUUGCAGAAAGAAGCAGUGCAAGAGGUUACAAAGGUAAGGAGGAACCUUUUCAAUGAAGAUGUACUUUCACCGUCAAAAAGAUCCACGAAGAAGAUGCCUAGAAGUCAGUCGGUGUCUGCUGUGGAAGGCCUAAGAUACAAAUGCACUGAUGAAGGUCCUAAAGAUCAUCGCAAGCUAUUGACCAAGAGCGUUGCAGAGACACCACUACAUAAACAGAUCUCCAGAAGGCUACUACAUAAACAGAUCAAGGGCCGGUCAUCUGAUCCAGGUUCUAACACUGUUGUAGAAGAAUCUCCAGAGAAGACCAUAUGUGAAGCAGGUUUAAGAAGAAGUCCACGCAUCAAACAACUGUUGUUGAAUAGGACCUACUCUGGCAUUUUCUAUUCCACUGCACGGCCCUGCUCACAAAAUAAGCAGCAAGUCCAUCCAGGACAAGAAGAGGAGAGCUGUACUCAGAAGGAUGUAGGAGGCAUUAAGGUGCAUUCUGAAAGCCCCACCGUCCAGACUCCCAAGAGGUUUUUCUUUGGAGCAGUCAUUGACACGUGUAGUCCUGUAAUGAAGCAUUCACCUGGAAAGAGGAGAACAAGAAAAGAUUCCUUAAACUUAGAGGAGCCAAUUGCCUGUCAGACUCCUAAAAAAGCACCUCAUAAGGCUGCCCAGAAACCACUGAAUUCUGCCAGUAAACUACCAAGGAGAUCACCUCGCACUCUCCACAGGACACCAGAGAAGUUGGAGAGGACUCCUGGCAAAAGUUCAGCUGCUAGGCAAACUGCAGCUAAGUGCUUGGGAAAGUACUUUUCUCAUCCUAAACAAAGGGUCAUGUCACCAUCUGUGUUAACAGAAAGUAAAUUACUUGUAGUAAGUGAACCCUCCUAUAAGGAUUGUUCUCCAGAAAAAAGACUUUCCCCCUCUCAUAAAGAGGUUGGCUUACAAACACCAGAAAAGGAGGGGUCAAAAAUACUCAGUGCUUCAUCAUUGCCUCUGAAAGAUUCAAAUCCAAAUGCUGCUUCCCCAUCUACCCUCCAAGAAAGAUCUCUUACAGACCUUCAAACUCCAGGAUGCUCCUUGAGGUCCAUCUCAAAAUCAGCAUCUCCAGUUGGUGCUCAGAGGCAAAUCCUCCCAGAGAAAAACCAGAUGCAGUCAGAAUCGGCACCUCUAGCAAGUGAAAGUACUCCUAGAAAACGUGAAGAUUCAGGCUCAAAACUACAUACCAGCCCGUUGAGGGCAGAAACCUCACAGCUCACUGUGAGGGCAGACCCUCCCUUCGAUUCUCUUCCCUGUGCAAACUCCACAAACACUCUGGCAAACAGCUCUCCUUUCCACACACAAACUAGAGAGUUUGAUGGGGAGCUUAACACACCUAAAGCAUCUCUUCCAAAAUUGCCUGGCAUCACUAGCACUUCCUUGAGAUCCCCACUCCCCACACCUGAGCAGUCCAAAUGUGAACCAAAUUCUGGAGGAGAGAAUCUCAUCUUUAUGUGUGCAACACCUUCCAGAAGUAAGGAUAAUCAACAUCAUAAUGACAGUGGUAGCUCUUCUGUAGAAAGUGUCCAGCUCUGCAAUACCCAAAUUCCUGAAAAUACCCCUAUAUCAGAGAAAAAUAAACAAAUUCAUAUAUUACCUCAAAAUCCUUCUCCAAGAAAGGACCAGAAAAGCUUGGAAAAGCAUUUCCCUCCUAAGCGCUGUGCUGGAGGGCAGGUAUGUGUAUUUAAUGCUGAAAUAGAGUGUGAACAGUUGGUUAAGGAGGGUAACUCCAGUGCAGACACCUGUGAGUCCUUCCUUAGUGAUUCUCAAAUAAGCAAUGAUGACUUGGAACCAAGAACUGUAAGAGAAGAGUGUACGGAGCUGAAAGCUCCAAGUCUUAAGAGACGCUCCAGAUCAGUCCUGAAUGCUUUGCCUGCUGUGCCGAAGUCUGCUUCUGCCUAUUCUUUGCGCUGCACUGCAGACAGGAGGCAGCGGGAGGCUGCAGCACGCCUGGGAAAUCCUGAAUUUCCAGCCAAGUUCUCUACUCCUAAAAGACAUUGCAAACUGCCUUCUGAGAGCCCUCCAACUUAUGAAGUUGAACUUGAAAUGCAAGCCUCAGGACUGCCCAAACUUCGCUUUAAGAAAAUUGGGUCUUGCUCAGCAUUGGAAGUUCAGUCUGAAGCAAAUGCCAGCAAACCCAAUGGAGGAGAAAGCCCCUUUGGUGAUCCUGCUGUGACAUGGUGUAGCAAACACCCAGGAAAGCUAGCAGCUGCUUGUGUUUCACCCUCUUGCUUUCGUUCUUUCCAUAGUACGCCUGGGAAAGGUGGAGGACAGACCUACAUAUGCCAGUCAUACACCCCAACAAGUUGUGCCUCUAACACCACCUCCCCAUCCCCCUUGGAAGCAGGAGUUCCCUGUACACCUUCCCCAAAGCAGAAGGGGAAGAUUACCCCUGACACUAUCAAGGAUUGGCCUCGGAGAAAGAGAGCAGCCAGCAGCACUGCUAAUGCUAGCUGUGCUCAAAGUGAGAAAAACACAGAUGAAAUGAAGAGAACGUCAACAGACGGAGAGGGGGAGAUGAAGAUCUUGGAGCACGGCAGCAGCAAAGUGACAAAUACCCUUGGGGAAUUUGAACUGGAAGGAGUUUGCAGGCUCCAAGAUCAGCCAUCUCCUGGUGACUCUGAGCCCAGAACUGAUGAGAAUACUGCCUUCAGGACUUUUGGCCUGAAAUCUCAGAAGCGAGUCUUUACUUAUCUAUCCCCAGAAAAGGAGGAGAAGCAUGAGGCUAAGAGAUCUUGUACUAAUAUGUUCAACUUGGAUCUCAUUGGCUCUUCUCAAGACAAGAGUAAGGAGAGCAAAUCACAGGCAGACACUGUGCAUCCUGAGAAACCGAGAGCACGUUCACUCCUAACUCCUGUGAGACGCAGUUGCGUAGGGGAUGAUAAUGUCUUCCUUUUUUCAGGCUCGCCUCCACCAGUGAAAAGUGCUCUCUCUGCCAGCAGCCUUCUAGCACUGACCCAGUCUCCACUGCUGUGCCAGGGACAGACGCCAUCUCGGAGAAAAUGUGCUCAAGAAGGGGAAUCGGAUGCCUUCCAAGACAUUGCCAGCCAGGAACUGUCUCCAUUCAACAGUAUGGCUUCUAAGAAGCGUCCCCUUAGCAGGACUUACUCACGGAAAAAGCUGCUUAGCUGAAGUUGGAAGCCAGGACAGAAUACUAUGCGAAGCUUCCUAUCAUCUCAGCUGUACAACGUGACUUUUAACAAGGAUAAGGAUAUUUGAUGCUGUCCUGGAGCUGUCUGCAUUGGUGAGAGGCAGGAGGCAAGCAUGUGACAGUGGGUAUAGGGACCACUCUAAAAGUUUUUAACUUCUGUUGGAGCAUCUCUCCAUCCAUUCAAAACCUUGCUCUGUCUUUCUGGCACUUCUCCUGCAUGUGGUAGCUAGGUUUUGCAAUGAAGAUUCAGUUCCACUAGGUAAGGAGAACUGUCAUGUUCUACACCUGUCUUGUAAAAUAAAAUGACCUGAAUUUUUA